UCGCGCCAAUCUUGACCGCGCGUUCUGUUUUAACGAGCGGGCUCAGAGGUGCUCCAGCUGCUGUCAUGGUUCAUUUGCUAAACUGCAUCGUCGCUGUGUCCCAGAACAUGGGCAUCGGCAAGAAUGGGGACCUGCCCUGGCCACCGCUCAGGAAUGAAUUCAGAUAUUUCCAGAGAAUGACCACAACCUCUUCAGUAGAAGGUAAACAGAAUCUGGUGAUUAUGGGUAAGAAGACUUGGUUCUCCAUUCCUGAGAAGAAUCGACCUUUAAAGGGUAGAAUUAAUUUAGUUCUCAGCAGAGAACUCAAGGAACCUCCACAAGGAGCUCAUUUUCUUGCCAGAAGUCUGGAUGAGGCCUUAAAACUUACUGAACAACCAGAAUUAGCAAAUAAAGUAGACAUGAUUUGGAUAGUUGGUGGCAGUUCUGUUUAUAAGGAAGCCAUGAAUCACCCAGGCCAUCUUAAACUAUUUGUGACAAGGAUCAUGCAAGACUUUGAAAGUGACACCUUUCUUCCAGAAAUUGAUUUGGAGAAAUAUAAACUUCUACCAGAAUACCCAGAUGUUCUCUCUGAUGUCCAAGAGGAGAAAGGCAUUAAGUACAAAUUUGAAGUAUAUGAGAAGAAUGAUUAAUAUGAAGGUGUUUUCUGGUUUAAGUUGUUCCCCCUCCCUCUAAAAAAAAUACCAUUUAUGAAACAUUCUUGCUAUAAAUAAGUGCUUCUCCAAGACCCCGACUGAGUCCCCAGCACCUGCUACAGUGAGCUGCCUUUCCACACCCAUCACAUGUGACACUCUUGCCAGUCCUUGACAUUGUCGGGCUUUUCAAAUGUUGGUAAUAUUUAUUAAAGAUGAAGAUCCACAU